UUUUGUGUUUCCAUUAUUAUUGUUAUUAAAUUCAUCGCAAUUAUACAACAUUCAAAAUGGUUAACAAAAUUCAAAGUUAGUACUUUUUUUUCUAUAUGUCACCGAAAUUAAUGACAUCAUCACCAAAAUGCUGACGUCGUCAAUUUUUUUCCACUAAAUUCAGGCUUUGGCACACGCCUAAAUCUUUUCAGGCCUGUGAUUAAUCGCAUACCUGAAAAAUAAAUAUUGAGUUUUGAAAAUCAACCUAUAAAAUCUAUUUUGUAGCGUGCAAUGGCAGCCCUCGAAAUAAUUUUUGGAGACUCGUCAGACAAAAUGUCUGCCACAUUUCCGGUUCGGUCAGACAUGUCCGUAGCUCGUUUUGACCUUUUGUCAGACACAAUGUCCGAUAGAUUUCUGUCUUCGUCUGACACUUUUAAAUCUCAGAAUUAUUGAAUAGUUCUGGUCCUUUUAAUCCACGAGCAAGCCUAUUUAUAGCUAACCUGACUAUCCUAGCUAAUUCACCGACUCCUGACUUAGUUAAAAGAACUAUGUAGACUAAAUCUCUUUUGCCUGGCUGCUACGUCGUUGGUAACCAGGUCUUACACAAGAAAUCCAACCAUGCGGUUCUUAACUAAUACGGAGGUAACAUUGAUGGAGCACGGAUAAAGCAGGUCUGCAAAACUGCACUUACAGGCGGAACAGACAUUCUAUCAUGGAUUUCAUUGUGUAUAAUUUCUUCAUUUGACAAAGCAAUUGAAAACAAUAGCAGGUCCAAAUUUAAUAGAGUUUUUUCUUUAUGCAGCAAGUGUAUUUUUAUUUUUAAUUAAACCAUUUUAAAAACGAAACCCAAGCAAAGCAUAUUUUUGCCUAUUUGCUUGUGAUGAUCUGAAAAAUAAACGAUAAAUUUAUGAAAUAAAUGUAUAGUCAUGCAUAUUAUUUCGGACAUGUAGAAAAGAAAGUGAAGAUUGAGAGAGUCGCUAUACGUAGACGCUCGAUUAUUGUGUUUGGGGUUGGCGAUUCAAAACAUCCGCCACUUUUCUACCGCAAAAUGAAUGCGCAACAAAGUUUAAGCUGGGAGCCCAUAACGCACACAUAACAUCUUUUGCACAUGUGUUUUACGUUGCAGACGUAACUUGAUUUGCACAUGCGAAUCAUUGCACACCUACUCAAAUAUUCCUGAAAAAGCUUAAAAAAAUGCUACUCGUACCCAUACUCAAGGUAGUUUUCGAUUUUAUCAGGUGGACGCUUAUUUGAAGGGUGCUUAAUAAGUGCUGGGCGCUUAUUGAACUUAAUUACGGUAUGUAGUAGAUAACCACCACCACUUAUGGUAUCGCUGUCAUGUUUUACUGAAAUUAGGUCUAUUCUGUAAUUUUCAUGGUUUGUAACUGAAAUUCCAAAGGAGAAGGAAAAUGUGCGUGCCAAAACAUUGCCCCAGGAUGAAUUAAACUUGAACCAUGGUUCUUUAUUUAGACAAAAAAUGUCUUCCUCACCUAUCAAUCGUUUUUGUCGGUUGCCAACUCCAUCAUACGAGAAGAUAUAUGCUGAUGCUAAUAGAAUUCUUGAUGAUAUUAUAUCCCAAUGUCACACAUACAGAAAGCCUAAUCAAAGUUUUGACCCAAAGGAAAUGGUAGCAUUCAUAUUACAUGGAUGUGAAAUCCUUCAAAAUGCCACUAUUUUGUUACGAAGUAAAUUUGCACAAGUUGUUAACAUUAAUCUUCCAUUGAUAAAGAACUGUAUAGAUGAAAAGUGCCUUAAUUGUUUAGUACUAUUUCUCUGUCAGUCGCUUUCAAAUAUUAAAUCUUCGUUAGUAUCUGAAUUCAUAAAGGCAUUGGCAUUAACGUUGGCAGGAAAUGGUCCAUAUCUUAACGAGGACUGUCUUUCACAGCUAUUGGAAGAAGAUGGCAUAAUUUGGUUGUAUCUAAACCAAGAAGAUUGGAUUGUGAAGGGUUAUGCCUUGCAAUGUCUUGGAAGCAUGUGCUUAAAAUCACAAAAUAGUGAUGUGAUUGACAAGCAAUAUCUUCAGUUGUGUUAUUCAAAAUUAUUAAACAUGCUUCGUGUUUUACUCUCAAAUGAUGCGGGAGACAUCAAUCAGUUAAAGCUUGUAAACAUUGCUUUAAAGGCAUUACAGAAUGUAUUAUCAAGUAUAUCAAUGAAUGAUGGUAUUGUUGAACCUGAAUUUGCAGUAGCUUUAUUAAAGUUGUUUUUGUUGUAUGGAACUCGAGAUUAUCGUGCAAUUGUAGAUAAACUGAUGAAGGUAUUGCCAUCAAGAAAAACUGAGGACAUUGAAAAGUCUGAAAAAAUCUAUCCCACAAAGCGUAAAGAAAAAUCUGCCAUGACAAAGAAAAUUCAUGCAAAGAAAAACAGGCGGAAAAAGAAAAAAAAUCUGGGUGCAAAUAUUGACGAAGGUUUUGAUAAUACUUCUGAAGAACACUUUUCUAAUUCCUAUGGGUUUAAUGCAAAUUGGCGACAAUCUGGUCAAUCAGCUUCCAGUUCAGAGUCAGAGUACUCAGAUUCAGAAUCUGCACAUCUAGAUCAAAAGAACUCAGUAUUUUGCAAAAUCCGUCAGAAUGCAGCUACAACCAUGCAGGAAAUUCUUCAUUGUUGUGAUCGUAGAUCAAAAUUUUCGUGUUGGCUAAUCCUUUUACCAGACAGUAUCUCAGAAAGUGAACCUUCACUACUCUCUUCUUUAGCCAUGGAGCAUUCGGCUAAGAUUCGAACUGCUGUUCUGUUGGCGAUGAUGGAAGUUAUAGAUGGUUCUAAAGGAUUUUUAGAUUCUGCUGUCAAUGCUGGACCACGGGUUCCACCUACAACAUCGUCAGGGCGACCAUACACUCCCUUCUCAAUGAGGUUGAACCAUUCGCUCUAUACAUUACAUGAAACUCUACUUACAACAUUACAACGCGAAACAUUGGACCUGUCAAAAGACAAAGUUGUUAAGUGUAUAACAUUGUUGAUGUUGAACGCACCGUAUCGUAAAAUUGGUGUUGACUAUUUGCCUGAUAUUGUAGCAGCAGUGUGUGGGCUUUUACAUUCAAAUGAAAUCACCUUGUGUCAAUCAGUACUAACAUGUCUGGCUGCAUGUAUGUCUGUUCAACCUGACAACUCGAAAGUCUUACAGUUGUUACAACGAAGCUCCUUACCAACAAACACAAUACUUGCCAACAGUCAGUCGUCUACUGGUGAUUCUUCAAAGGAACCAUCCUGGCUUGUUUUGCAUUGCAUUCAACGACUUACAUGUGCUACUCAGGACAGUGCAAGAGAAUUACGAUUGUCAUCUGAGUAUAUCCAAUUACUAACUGUCGUUUUAAGGUGUCAUCCAAGUUUGAUUGAUAAAAACCAACGUGAAAAAAUUGUCAACAUGUGCAUAAAUGUAUUUAUGUUUUCAACAGAUCAAUCUAUAAGCGUGCAUGCAAUCAAAAUGUUGGAAGAAUUUGCUAAAUUCUAUCAAGGUAGUUUUCACUCAACAAAAGAUGACAUAGAGGGUACGUCAUUUUGGAGGAGAAUGCUGGGUGGUGCAAUUCCUCAAUAUUUACACGUGGAGCCAAAGAAGUCUGUCAAAGGACAAGCAGCUAUUUGUGAUUGGAUGUCAAACAUUGGAUCGCAUUUUUUUUCUGUCAUGAAGAGCCCAGAGCAAAUAUUUAUCAAAACAAUAUUAGUUGGAUUGUCUUCGAGUGAAGAGACAAUACUAGUGGCUGCUGCAGUGAGGGCUUUAGGUGUUAUUAUUGAUUAUGAAUGUAUGAAAGACGACGUUUGGUUUGUUGUUGAUGUAACACGGUCGAUUCUAAAUCAAUUGGACAACCCUUCAGUGAACAUUCGAUUAAAAGCGGCUUGGUCACUGGCUAAUCUUUGUGAUUUUAUCGCUAAAAAUGGAUUUUUGGAGAAGGAAUACCCUGAAUCGUUGAUCUUGAAUUUAUUUGAUUACUCGACAAAAGCAUCUUUAGAUAAUGAAAAGGUCAGUUCAAACGGAGUCAGGGCGCUUGGAAACUUGUUGAAGUCGUUUCCUGCAAAACUUUUUGAAAAAGAAAACUUUCAAGAGAAAAUUGAGAAAGCCGUCAAAGCGUUAAUACAAGCAAUUCAGACAGGUUCGAUGAAGACUCGUUGGAAUGCAUGUUACGCAUGCAGAUAUAUGUUUGAGAAUUCUGACUGUCCUGUAGGUAAAGCAGAAUGGACGGAAGAUCUAUACAGUUGCUUGUUAGAAGCGUUGAGCGACUGCAAAAAUUUCAAGGUUCGCAUCAGUGCAGCUGCCGCCCUAUGUUCACCAACAAAAAGAAGUUGCUAUGGUGAUGACAAGCUGUUUGCUCGUUUAUGGAAAGAAACUUUAAUAGCGUUAGAUAAAUCGGAAGAAUUGGCAGACUUUACAGAAUUUAAACAUAAGGAAACACUCCAGGACCAAUCCAUUAUACUUCUGCUGCAUUUGUUGGCAGUGGCUACAUUAGAAGAUUUAUCCAGUUUCCGCCAAGAUGUGCAAAAAUAUCACAAAGUGUUUUUAACUCAUUGCAAAAAAUGUGUGGCCAAGGUUGAAGUUUUGGGCAGCUCUCCGUCAGAAUUCGGAAACAAAUCAACAAAGAUGGAGGAAGGGACGAAUCCAGUUAUAAAUGAAAUAACAGAAGAUGAGAAAGAUAAAAGAAACGAAAUAUCUCAACAUAUCGGCGUGAUGAAAAAGAACUUAUGUGCGAUUAUUGAUAUAGACAAAAAUACACUUACGAUGGAUAUAAUAAGAACGGCGCUACAUUUAAACACGUAGCGAAGAUAGUGCAAUUAAUUUUCGCCAGUUUUCGUCAGGUUCGCGAAAAUUAAUUCCCCUAGGAUAAGUAUAUAUCUAGAGUUCUCUAUUUUAUAUAGUUUAAUUUUAAGUUCGAGUGAGGGAGGUCUAAAAUCAUUAUUAAUGCUUUAAUAAAAUCCCGGAAGUUUUUUUUAUUUUUCGAGAUUGCUUAAAUGAUGAAAAUUCUAAUAACGCCUUACUAAAGUAAUGGGCCUAAAUUAAAGGACGAGCGUUCAUUGCAUUUUUAAUAUUUAAGCAUUUUAUCAGAGCAUUUGCGAUACUUGCGUUUCUCCGUAAUGGAUACUUGUGUACAUAUUUAGGUUUACUUGGGUUAACAAAAUUCUUUCUGUUUUCUUUAAUUAUCAGAGUUCCUGUUCCAGCGUUCAAAUUAAGUUCUCCUUUUGUUUUCUUCCUGCAGUCUCUAUUACUUCUUAAUUUGAAUUUUACAAAGGAUUUUUAAAAUUCUCCAUACCUUGAGUGCAGAAUUUUCACAGACAGAAACAGUAACAAAUAAAAAAAAAUUUGUAUCUUUCAAAAUUUUCCGAAGGAUCCAUAAGAUUUUGCAAGCAUUAAACUUCGCGAACUGAGCAAAAUUCCCAGAAAUUAUGCCGCGAAAGUUUUUGCACUUAAAGUAAUGCCUUUUGUAAUUAUAUACUUUUAAAAGCGAAAGAUAAAUAUACUGCUCUAGAAGUUUUUGUGUUUUUUUUUUCAUUUAAUUGCAUUGUAAUGUGAGUUCCCACGAGAUUGUACAUUAGAAACCAGGAAAACCAUUCCCCAAAAUUAACACAAAGCUACCAAACCAUUGAUUAUUAUUUUUUUUUUUUUCAUGUAAUUGUAUUGUAAUGUGAGUUCCCACGAGGUUGUACAUUAGAAACCAAGAAAACCAUUCCCCAAAAUUAACACAAAGCUACCAAACCAUUGAUUAUUAUUUUUUUUUUUCAUGUAAUUGUAUUGUAAUGUGAGUUCCCACGAGGUUGUACAUUAGAAACCAAGAAA